AUGUGGAACCUCAUUUACUCUAAUCCUAUAUGUUUCAAGAAAAAAAUAGCUUAAGUAUUAGACUACCAUUCAUUAUGUUAAGGAGCAACUUAUGCAUUUGAAUAAUAUCCAAAAUUCUAAACCUCUUGUAAACAAUACAUAACCAUGGAAACCAGGACAUUCAAUAUCAAGAUUAGUCAAUAAAUAUACUAAUAGUAAGUUCUUGAACAUGUUGUUUAGCAAAUGAUUAAGAAAUCAUGGAGAAAAACAGUAAAUUGUUAAGAAAAAUGAUGGAAAUUCAAUAAAGAAAUAAUACAUUGAAGUAAACUCCAACACAUGGUUCAUUAGAAGCAUUAAGAAGAAGGGAACAAGUUAAGAUAAGUACAGAGAAUUAAACCAUUCUAAAGCGUUUAUAAUCAGCAAGUUCUGCAUACUCUAGGAAAACUUGGGUUAAUGAUAUUGAAAGGGUUAAAAAAUAUAGAGACAAUUUAUAAAGAAGAACAAGUAUUAUUAUUUAAAAUUUUAGGAACAAAUGAUGAUUUCAACUUAUUAGCAGUUCAAGAAUAAGUUAAAAGAAAUUAUACAAGUUAAUCUUCCUCUAGAAGUAUAUCCUUAUUUAUUUAAAUAGAACUUAAAACAAGUCAAGGACCUAGAACAUAAACAUAUGAGUCAUUAAUUUGA